GCAUACACAUUUCCAGAUCCGCUUAGUGAAUAUGCUGAGUUUUGGCGAUAAGUUUAUGAAGCAAAAGGAUGGCGAUAAAACCAAAAACGAAAAUUCCAUGCAUAAAUUCGUGGAAGACUUCAGUAGAGAUAUCGCAAACAGUUCUUUUCCUACAAUUGACUUAGCUUUGCCUUUAGUGAAUGUCCCUCAAAAGGUUCAAACAGGAGGAUUUUUUCAGUCGAAACCGAAGUCUUCAAGUCUAACUCUAAACAACCUAUCCCGGAAAAGAGCUACGUCCCCACUAAAGCAGGAAAGGAAGCAACCUCAGGCUGCCAACGGAAACUCAUCGAAAGACUCAAGCUUCUCAUUUUUACCUGCAUUGCAAUUAAAUAAUGUCGCGAAAAAGAUGCAAGGACCUACUUCAGGCUCUGUGGGGCAUGGAGGGCAAAGUAAGGACAGGCCGGAGUCUAGUAGAGAAAGGAGUAAUCCGAGGAAGGAUGUUAAUCGGGAUCUUAUACUGAUCACAGGAAAUGUUCAUUUUGCGAUAAAAAUGAAUAAACUGUACGCGGAUAGCAAUUUGCUGUAUGAAGUCUAUGGAAAGGUGCUCCGAACCUUGCAAGGAAAAUUCCCGUGUGAGCAAAUUGUCUUCUUGCGAAAUGAAUCGGGCCCAGUUUUGCAGGUUGUAUUUUAUGAAAUAGACGCCCAGUUGCCCAACAUAGAGAGUGGAUGCAAUGUGCGCUGCAUUGGGAAAUUCAAAGGAGCCAGUCGACUUCAUUCAUUCAAAAUAACUCCUUUGCCAUCACCCCCAAAAGAGGAGUCUUUGAGUCGUUUAAAGAAUUUAUGUAAUUUUACAAUGAAUAAAAUUAAAGGCAAAGAUAAAUAA